AUGUAUUCAUUGACAUUCUUAUUGUCUAAUCCAUUAUAUGAAGUUCAAUUGUUAAAAAUGUUGGGUCUGACCUUAGUCGUGGGUUUGGGUUUGGGUUUGGGUUUGGGUUUGGGUUUGGGUUUGGGUUUGGGUUUGGGUUUGGGUUUGGGUUUGGGUUUGGAUUUGGGUUUGGGUUUGGGUUUGGGUUUGGGUUUGGGUUUGGGUUUGGGUUUGGGUUUGGGUUUGGGUUUGGGUUUGGGUUUGGGUUUGGGUUUGGGUUUGGGUUUGGGUUUGGGUUUGGGUUUGGGUUUGGGUUUGGGUUUGGGUUUGGGUUUGGGUUUGGGUUUGGGUUUGGGUUUGGGUUUGGGUUUGGGUUUGGGUUUGGGUUUGGGUUUGGGUUUGGGUUUGGGUUUGGGUUUGGGUUUGGGUUUGGGUUUGGGUUUGGGUUUGGGUUUGGGUUUGGGUUUGGGUUUGGGUUUGGGUUUGGGCCUGGGUUUGGGUUUGGGUUUGGGUUUGGGCCUGGGUUUGGGUUUGGGUUUGG